UGGAGAGCCCCUCAGAUGCUCACACUCCAGUCCCAGUUUCCGCCAGUCAGUCUUUCAGGAGGGCUCAGCGGCGGAGACCCCCAGAGUGAAUCGCCGACCCGCGCGCGACUUAUCGCUUCACGCAGGGGUAACGACGCGAGACCGGGAGAGCUGACGGCCCAGGCGGGCCGCGGCUCCUUUAAAAGCAGGCCCCGCCCCUCCCCCUCCCGGCGCGGCUGGCGGUCGGCGGCGGGCGCUACGGUGCUGACAAGAUGGCGGCUGGCGGGGCUGUCUCUGCGACGCCCGAGUGCCGGAUUUUGCCCUACGCGCUACACAAGUGGAGCUCCUUCUCCUCCACCUACCUUCCUGAAACUUGCAUGGGAAUAUUUAUGUGAAGGCAUUGUUCAGAAGGAAGAUACUUGGGUGAACAUUUUAGUGGAUAAGCCAAAUGACCAGUCUUCACGGUGGUCUUCAGAGAGCAACUACCCUCCCCAGUACUUGAUUCUGAAGCUUGAAAGGCCUGCUAUAGUCCAGAAUAUCACGUUUGGAAAAUAUGAGAAAACUCAUGUCUGCAAUUUGAAGAAAUUUAAAGUCUUUGGUGGAAUGAAUGAAGAAAACAUGACAGAGCUAUUGUCCAGUGGCUUAAAGAAUGAUUAUAACAAAGAAACAUUUACCUUGAAGCAUAAAAUUGAUGAACAGAUGUUUCCUUGUCGAUUCAUUAAAAUAGUUCCACUCUUAUCGUGGGGACCCAGCUUUAACUUUAGCAUCUGGUAUGUUGAACUUAGUGGCAUUGAUGAUCCCGAUGUAGUACAACCCUGUCUCAACUGGUAUAGUAAGUACCGUGAACAGGAAGCUAUUCGCCUUUGCCUAAAACACUUCAGACAACAUAACUAUACAGAGGCCUUUGAAUCACUGCAAAAGAAAACCAAGAUUGCCCUGGAACAUCCCAUGUUAACAGAUCUGCACGAUAAAUUGGUACUGAAGGGUGAUUUUGAUGCUUGUGAAGAAUUGAUUGAAAAAGCUGUAAAUGAUGGCUUGUUCAAUCAGUAUAUCAGUCAACAGGAAUAUAAGCCACGAUGGAGUCAAAUCAUUCCCAAAAGUACCAAAGGUGAUGGAGAAGAUAACCGACCAGGAAUGAGAGGAGGCCAUCAGAUGGUUAUUGAUGUUCAAACAGAGACUGUUUAUUUGUUUGGUGGCUGGGAUGGAACACAAGAUCUUGCUGACUUCUGGGCGUACAGUGUGAAAGAGAACCAAUGGACAUGUAUCUCUAGAGACACUGAGAAAGAGAAUGGUCCUAGUGCUAGAUCAUGUCAUAAAAUGUGCAUUGACAUUCAACGAAGGCAAAUCUACACACUGGGGCGUUAUUUGGAUUCCUCUGUGAGGAACAGCAAAUCUCUGAAAAGUGAUUUCUAUCGUUAUGACAUUGACACAAACACAUGGAUGUUACUCAGUGAGGAUACUGCUGCUGAUGGAGGACCGAAACUGGUGUUUGAUCAUCAGAUGUGUAUGGACUCAGAAAAACAUAUGAUCUACACCUUUGGUGGUAGAAUUUUGACGUGUAAUGGCAGUGUAGACGACAGCAGAGCCAGUGAACCACAAUUCAGUGGAUUGUUUGCUUUCAACUGUCAGUGUCAAACCUGGAAACUUCUUCGAGAGGACUCCUGUAAUGCUGGGCCUGAGGACAUCCAGUCUCGUAUAGGACACUGCAUGCUAUUCCACUCAAAAAAUCGUUGCUUAUAUGUAUUUGGUGGCCAGCGAUCAAAGACCUAUUUGAAUGAUUUCUUUAGUUAUGAUGUGGAUUCUGAUCAUGUAGACAUAAUAUCAGAUGGUACCAAGAAAGACUCUGGAAUGGUUCCAAUGACAGGAUUCACACAGAGAGCAACCAUCGAUCCAGAACUGAAUGAAAUACAUGUCUUAUCUGGACUCAGCAAAGACAAGGAAAAGAGGGAAGAAAAUGUCAGAAAUUCAUUCUGGAUUUAUGACAUUGUAAGGAAUAGUUGGUCUUGCGUCUAUAAGAAUGAUCAAGCUGCAAAGGAUAAUCCAAGUAAAAGUCUUCAGGAGGAAGAACCAUGUCCAAGAUUUGCCCAUCAGCUUGUAUAUGAUGAGUUACACAAGGUUCAUUAUUUAUUUGGUGGGAAUCCAGGAAAAUCUUGCUCCCCAAAGAUGAGAUUAGAUGACUUCUGGUCACUGAAAUUGUGUAGGCCUUCAAAAGAUUACUUACUGAGGCAUUGCAAGUACCUCAUAAGAAAACACAGGUUUGAAGAGAAGGCCCAAAUGGAUCCCCUUAGUGCUCUGAAAUAUCUACAAAAUGAUCUUUAUAUAACUGUGGAUCAUUCAGACCCAGAAGAGACAAAAGAGUUUCAGCUCCUGGCUUCAGCUCUGUUUAAAUCUGGUUCAGAUUUCACAGCUCUAGGCUUUUCCGAUGUGGAUCACACCUAUGCUCAAAGAACUCAGCUCUUUGACACCUUAGUAAAUUUCUUUCCUGACAGCAUGACUCCUCCUAAAGGCAACCUGGUGGACCUCAUCACACUGUGACCGAAGAGUACCUGGACAGAAAUGGAGCACAGGAGUCUGCUUUCAGUAUUCUGGAUUUCAACUCUAUUGACUGACAAUUAGGCUGCAGUGACUGAGGACUGCACCAGAAUUUUGAAGGGAUCUUUGCUGUCACAAAUUUUAACCCUCGUCCUUCACACCUGACCUCAACCCCAUAGUCCUCAUCCCAUUCCGAAAUUAGGCUAAUAAAGUGAAAUUGGUAUACUUUCCAUUUAAAAAUAUAUAUAUAUAUAUAUAUAUUUUAUUACUUUAACUUUUAAGAAUUCAUGAGUAUAAAAGAAAAAAUCAGGCAGUCUACCCUUUUCUGAUUUUUAUUUCAUUUUUAUAAAAUUGGGGCAAGUAAGCACUGUUCACAGACUCAGUGCUACAAGAAUUGGAAUUUUGUUGUUGGGUUGUUUGGCCUUUCUUCUUUCUCCUUUUUCCCAUUUCACUUUAUCUUGAAUCACACAGCUGCUUGUAAGUGAUAUGUAUCAUUUGUUUACCUCUUCAUUCUUAACAGUAUAUAGUUCUGUAGGGCAAUUGAUGUAUGUUUAAGUGAUAUAUGUGUCUCUGUUGACUAGGGUCUUGUAUUACAUUAAACAGUAGGAGGAACAGAGGGCUCUAAUUUACGCUCCUUGUCAUAGAACUAAAAAGUGAAACCUGACAUUGAUCCCCACACUUAUCUGAGAUUGGUAUAUAGUAUUUCUAUAAUGAUAUAUUUUAUAGUGGAUAUUACAGAGCUUUGAGUCACAGAAACCUUAAACUGAGGAGAGAAUAUAGUUCAGAACCUUUAAGAGCCACUCUCAAAAUUACCAGCAGGAGGAUUCUAGUUGUGAUUAGCAUGUUCAUUGAUAUCUUUGUAGUAAUUUUGGAAGAAAAUGACUCUUUCCCCUGCUAGAGCUGUGCAGGACCAGGGCUUCAAUUUCUUCCGUGUGCUAUCUGUUUGUAGCAUUUUCAUUUGGGAGGAUGGGUUCCAGAGCUACGUUUUUGUUUAUUUUCAUACACAUUAGCUCCCUACAUCUGCUUCUAUAUACUGAUAUUUUAAAGAAUAAUGGUUUGUAGUUUUCCAGUGGAAUACAGCUGACAGGCAUUUCAUUAAACAAAUAGACCAGGCUUUUUUAAUGGAGAAAAAGAAAAAUAAUGGUGCAAAUAUUUUUUACUAAACUAAAAGAAAGGCAGAUGGGCUUUUCCACUGUUCCUUUUUUUGUGAGGAGUGGUGGUAUGUAUUGUUCCAUGAGGUGCUGUGGAAUGCAGCAUAGGAAAUUUAAACCUGGCCAGUGCUUACAUUUGCUCAAAAAGUGUGCUGUAUGCAACUGAUAUCCACCAUGCUUAAAGCAGGCUAAGUAUAAUAAAUGUCCAUCAGUCCAGUGGCUCUUCCAAGUGAAUGACUUCAGAGAAUUUACUGUGUCCCCGAGUAGCAAGAUUAGGCCUUACCAAAGAAAGAAGAAAUUGAAUUGCACUUUUGAAAAGUCUCAUGUAUAGGAAUGAGACUUUGAGGUCCCUCUUCAGUCUGUCAUUAUUGCAUGGUUUCUCGUCUUUGGGGGAAGGACAGAAGUAUAUUUGUCCUACUUCUAGGCUUGAAUCUUGGGCUGCUUGGCUUUCCAAGCAUCCCAAAUCGAUCAGUAGUGAUUUAUUAAACAAUUAAAUUUGUUUCUUACCUUGUGAAAGAUAUAGUACAUAAUUCAGUAAGUACCAAGUUGUGUAGCUGCAGAAUAACCAGUUGACUUUACAAGUGAGCAAAUAGAAUCUACCUACAUGCUUAGGCAGUUUCAUUAAAAGAUUUCCUUGACAGUCAAGAACAUAAAAUAUUAAUAUCGCUAAUAUUGUAGCCUAUUGAACUCAUUUCAUGGAAACAGGUUGAUAGGAAAGAACUUGAUAAGAGUUUCUAAAUGUAAAAGCUCUAGUUUUGCUCACUGUGAAUUCUGGCCCUUCAAAAACCAUAACCAAAUGAAAUUCUGCUUCCCUCCACCAUUUUUUUUUUUUUUUCCUCACAGUACGUGGGCCUCUCACUGCUGUGGCCUCUCCCGUUGCGGAGCACAGGCUCCGGACGUGCAGGCUCAGCGGCCAUGGCUCACGGGCCCAGCCGCUCCGCGGCAUGUGGGAUCCUCCCGGACCAGGGCACGAACCCGUGUCCCCUGCAUCGGCAGGUGGACUCUCAACCACUGCGCCACCAGGGAAGCCCCACCAUUUAUUUUUAUAGUGCUUUUUUGGGUCAUUUUUUUCCAUUCCUUAGAUUCCAUAUUUGGAGGAAACUCAGUUCUUGAGCUCAGUGAUUUUGUUUGUUCUUAUUUUUCUCUGACUCUCUACUGGUGGUUUUCUAAACAUGCUUGUUCUAAUUUCAUCUUUCCUCACUUUAAGUGGAACCUUUUCCCUUUUCUUCACUUACAGAAUUUUUUUUUUCACUAACAUGUUUAAAUGGGGUUGAGUCAUAGCAAACUGUUUAGUGUUGCUUAAGUGACAUAGACUGUAUUUAGGAAGUUAUUGACUAGGUAAAUCAAAAUUUGUACCCUGGGGCUUUAAUGAGGCACUGCUGGUAAUGAUUGCAGGAGAAUAUAGGCUUCAUUUUAUCCGUGACCAAGAUUGACACAUUGCUCACUUUCGACAUCAGAACCCUGAUAUGAAACUUGUUUAUAUAUUUAGUGAGGAGCUACAUGUAUUUCCAAGUAUUCCAGCACUAUAUUAUAAUUUAAUUUGGUAUUUAUAUACAUUGUUUAAGUAGCCAAAUAUCUAUGCUUUACUACUUAAAAAUUAUUUCAUUCUAGCUUAGUGAGCCCCAGAUUGAAACACCUGGUUUUAGAUGCAUUAGUUAGUGGGGUACAAUUUGCUCAGUGUCAUUAUCCCUAGCUUCAGUUUCAUCCCCAUUUCUCCUUUUUCCAGUGGAAUAUAUUAUUCCAGAAUAAUAAACUAGAAAUAAUUUAAACUAGAAGUAAACUAGAUCUCUAACAUUUUCAGUGCUUAUACCUCGUGAGAAAUUAAUUAUCUGAUUUGCAAGAUACUUUGAAAAUGCAGUUGCAUUUUGUGGAAUGACAGAGACCUCAUGUGGCCAGCUUGAUUAAUUCACAUAUAUCAAUCUGUGAAGCAAAAGAAUUCAGAUUUGGGUGCCUAACUCUGUGCUAAAGCUGACAGUAUUAACCUUUAGCAAGAUUGUCUUUUCAGACCUGGUUUUCAUUAAAACUGACUUAUCUAUGUCUAAUAAGUAAAAACUGAUAGAAAACAUUAGAAAGUUAAUACACUGAUUUAUCAAAGAAAAGCUUGUUGGCUUUAGAGCUCAGUGAUUUGUUUAAGAUUGUAAACUGCAUUCUUUGGUGAAUUAUGUCUUGAAUAUAAAUGGUUUGCUAGCUUAUCUUUGUAGUGGAUCUUUUCACAUCUGCCUUAAAAGUGCUAUUUAGAGAUACAUUAACAGAGUUCCAUGUAAUAAAACCGUUUUAAAAUCUAUAAACAAAAACUAGUUUGAGGUACUUAAUCAUUGGUGAGAGAUUGAGAAUGAUGUUUAAUGAAUCAAAAAGCACUUAGAAAGGAGUAUGUUUCUGAUUUUAUUUUCUGAAUUAAACUCAGUGUCAUGGAAGGAGUUACCCUAUAAUUAUUCUUAACACAAUAUGAAAUUCAUUGGGUAAUUGUGGGUCAUUUAAUUUUUUCCUGGGUGAAUGUUGUGUUAACUCUAGCUGAUUGAAUGUUGCAAAGCAGUUGAGAAUUAUGGUUUGAAGUGAUUUUUAUGAGAGAGGAUCAUUACAAUGUGUACUUUAAGCAACGUCAUCUAGCUGUAAAAAAUAUACCCUUUGUAACCCUUCUUUUCUUAAAAAAUACAUGUUCAUAUGUAAUUUCGUCCUUUUGCAGAAAUUCUGGCCUGAACUUUCACUGUUUUAAAUUCUUAAGAUAGUCCUUAAUCUAAGAUAUGCAGGCUCCCUCAGGAAAAGUUCAUAGUUAUUAGAGGGGUAAUCAUAGAGGGUCUGCAUAUGACAGUAGUUGUAGAUUAGAUCUUUGGGUUCUUUCACUCAAAAUUUUUGUAUUCCUUAUUAGUCAAAUAACAUUAUUCUUUUGUGAUUUUUCACUCUGGCCUACAUCUCCCUGUGAUUUGUAUUAAUGCUGAAAUGACAUUGGCUGCCCAAAACUUCUAGUCUAGAGGUGUUUCAGCUGAAGAUGGAAGUUUCAAAGUUUGUUGAAAUAGUUAGGAGCCACCUAGAUCAGCUGAAUGAUGUUGCCACCGUUUGUUUUGAUGAGGAGGACUCAUGAUUGUAGUUUAUUGAUUUCUUCACAAGAUGCUCUUUUUAUCUUUCAGAAAAACUGCUAUCUUAAGAGAUUUUAUUUAUACAUAAUUUUUAAACCUUGAUUUCUUCCUAUCCCACAAAUACUGUGAAUUGUUUCCAUUAUUUUUUUAUUUUUCUUAGCUAAAUCCUCUGACAAUAGAUUUAUAGCACUUAACCUAAGGAGUCAUUAGAGGUUAUGGUAAACCAGGUUUUCUCGUGGGGCAGAGAGAGAUGCCCUUGUGGGAAACCAUAUCACUAUGUGUUUUCUGUUAGGUAGAACUCUUAAGUUAUAGAUCUUGAACUGGAUCCCAAUUCAGAACUUAAAAACCUGAAAAUCAAAGGGUAGUUCUAGUUUAUCUUCCACAAUAGUCAUUAUUUGGAAAUAAGAUUUACAAAUGUGUACUGUCAUGUCCUCAAACACUGCCUAGCUUGAUUGAAAACAGAAUGUUAUGUGGAUGUUAUCUGAGAGCUAUAGGGUCAACAACAAAAAAGGGGGGAAAUGUUUAGUAGGGAAGUAGACCAGUUGUAAGACAUCACUUGUAAUUAUGAACUAAUUUGUCUUCUUUUUUACCUUUUUAUCUGCUGUUUAGUCUCAAUGAAUUAUUGUACACAAUAUUAGACAUUUGUACACAAUGUUCUGUUUUGCCUGUCUGUGGCAUUUUCACUUCGAAGUAUUGAACCUCAGGAACAGAGCUAGAGAGGAGAAUGAGGAUAUGUUAGAGAAGGAAAAAUAGGAGCUUUUUGCUCAUGGAUUUGAAGGUCCACAGAUCUAAAUGAGAAAGAAAGCUCUUCAUUUCUAACCCUCAAUUAAUUUAAAGCAGUGCUGAGAAAACUAUCAAGAGGGAUCAAAGCUCAGUUCUGAAUAGUCUUUGGAAAGCAGCAUUUCUUGGUUAGUUGUUUUCCUCACUGUCUCCCAAGUAGCUGAUAGAGAUCUGGAAACAGAAAACCCAGUGUAAUGGGCUCUAGCUCUUAAACUAGGUGAGCAGUUUCUUACGUACAGCCAAUUCCUUGAUAAGGAUUCAGAGGGAAAACCAGCAAUAAAACAUUUUAACAUGCAGUUUUUGGGCUCCCAGGGGACUUGCUUUUUCAUGGAGUUUAAGCUCUUGCUGCAACACAGCUCUGUACCAUCUGGGAUGCUAGCAUUCACAGCGGUUAGUUUGGAUAUCUGAGCUGUCUGCCACGCAAAUACUAGCCCAAGGAGAUCAUCAUCCUUCAGUUUCACUCAGUGCUUAAUGAAUGCCAAAUUAAUUGGCAGGAAGGAAAAACACUGUGUGAUAUACUGAACAGGCCUGUGUGCAUGAUUAAGGAGUUAAGUAGCCAAUUUUGAGCUUAAUUUCUCUCCUUUAUUAACAAAUCUCAAGAAAGCCUUUGUUACAAUUUAGCUAGUGUCAUUUGGUUGGUGUUCAUUUUCUAACCCUUUAAAAUAGGAAGAAAAUUGUCAUUUCGUGUUUAACUUCUAACCCGUACAGAAUUGAACUGACAUCAAUUUAGUUUCCAUGUUUUAAAAUAAAUUAAUUACACAUAAUCCAAAGGGUCUCUGUUUAUUCUACUUUUCUGGGCUUGGCAGUAGAAGUAGUUAAUAAUUUUGGCUUAUUCUUUAGGUUUCCUCCACAUCUGUGAAGUGAUUAAUUAGAGAAGUUAUUUAGAAUAAGUUCAAUUCCAUUGCAACUGGCAGAACUUUAUAAAUUCAUUUUGCAACAAAGGAGAGGAUCUUAUACCAUCAGGACCAUGCCAUCAGAUUUUGGCAAGUGACUGUUUUAUCACAUUGCCUUGUAGUUUGCUAUUUUUUCCUUCUUAAGAUAAAAGGGGGAAAACUGAGGACAGAGAUGUAUAACUUUACAUUUUUUAUUUUUUAUAUUUAUCUUUUUGUUUAACAUCUUUAUUGGAGUAUAAUUGCUUUACAAUGUUAUGUUUCUGCUGUAUAACAAAGUGAAUCAGCUAUAUGUAUACUUGUAUCCCCAUAUCCUCUCCCUCUUGCACCUCCCUCCCACCCUCCCUAUCCCACCCCUCUAGGUGGUCACAAAGCACCGAGCUGAUCUCCCUGUGCUAUGUGGCUGCUUCCCACUAGCUAUCUGUUUUACAUUCGGUAGUGUAUAUAUAUCAAUGUUACUCUCUUACUUCGUCCCAACUUACCCUUCCCCCUCCCUGUGUCCUCAAGUCCAUUCUCUACAUCUGCAUCCUUAUUCCUGUCCUGUCCUUAGGUUCAUCAGAACCAUUUUUUUUUUUAGAUUCCAUAUAUAUGUGUUAGCAUACUAACUUUACAUUUUUUAAAUUGUCUACUUUAGAAGUCUUAGGGUACUUGCACCUUUAUAAAGGCUUAGCUUAAUUUUACCCGUACAGAUUAACUAUACUUGUAAGAGCACUGAAUACAAAGUUAUGACAUAUUAAAGUAAUUGUCUACCCAACCCCAAAUUUGAUAGUAGGAUAUCAAAGUCCAAAAGUUUAAAUGCAAGUAGUCUUCUAUGGGGAAGGUAUAUGUUUUUAAAAGUCAUGCACAUGGUCUCCUUUUUGAGAUAUUUUUUCCUUUCCCAGAAAAAUGAUUUUGGUGACCAGUUGUAAAUUGAUUUCUCCCUCAAUUGUAAACUACCCAUUUAGAGAAAUAAAAGUGGACUCACUUUCUUUUUUUUUUUUUUUUUUUGCGGUCCGCGGGCCUCUCACUGCUGUGGCCUCUCCCGCUGCGGAGCACAGGCUCCAGACGCGCAGGCUCAGCGGCCAUGGCCCACGGGCCUAGCCGCUGUGCAGCAUGUGGGAUCCUCCCGGACCGGGGCACGAACCCGUGUCCCCUGCAUUAGCAGGCGGACCCCCAACCACUGCGCCACCAGGGAAGCCCAGACUCACUUUCUUAAGCAUUACAUUUAGCCUGACCAAGAUAUGCUGUGAUUGUGUUAUUCAAGCCAGCUUGCUUUUUUGACUUGUCAUAAAAUGUCUUUUGAAUUGAAUGAAUUAAAUAGUAUAGUAUUAAUUUUAUUUUAUGUAUAGCUCAAUUUAGAAAUUGCAAAAUAAUGAUAUUUUUCUAUGAGCAGAUUCUUUUAUAGAGAUAGGUUUUUCUUUUUAAUGAGAUUUCUUCCCUGUCACCACUUCAAAAUCUAUGUACAGCUGAGUGUGCAGCCUCAGAAAAAGAGUACAGGAAAGCUUAGGGCCUCCUUUUCUUGUGUUGUUCUUGGCAACAAACAUGAUUCCACCUUUUCAGUGGAAAGAUGGGGUGGGUCUGUGUAUAUGUGUGUGUGUGUGUGUGUGUGUGUACUUAUUGGCCUGAAAUUGAGAUCCCUUUAGGUAGAGAUAGAUCCUCAAAACCAAAGUUGGACUGCAAAUUAGGUUGAGGAGGAAGGUACAGCUCCAUUCAUAGCCAAUAGAAUCCGUCUGUCCUUCUGGGUCUGCUUAUUAAUGCUAUGGAUAGCUCCUUCUGUUAGAACAUCCCCUGGACUGGAAACAUGGUGUUACAGCAACCAGCUCAUCUGAAAGUUGGAGAGUGUUAAACAUCUUUUAUGGGACUUUUAAAUAAAUAAUAACAUUUAUUGAUUUUUGUGAUUAUAAAAAUAUGUUUAUCAUAGAAAUUUAGGAAAUUACUAAGUGUGAAGAAGGAAUGCCACUAAUAUUUAACCGGUGAGACUUACUCAUUUUAUUUUUCCUGUCUUCCUUCUGUUAUCCAACAUGGUAAAGGCCAGAAAAAGUAAAAAAAAAAAAAAAAAAAUUUGACACAGGCAUUCCUCAUUGUCUGCAAGCAUUUUUCUCUACCUUUACUAUAUUCCUUUAAAGCAUUGCCCUUUUCUAGACAAACAGUCUGAAAAUAAUUCUGUUGAUAUGUAUCUCUUAAGCCUAAACUAUACAUGUAAGAUACUACCCAAAAGCUAUAGGGAUCUGCCUUGUUCAGGUCAUUGGAAAUUUUAUCUCUAAGAUUAAUUUGAAUUUUUAAGCCCUUUAUGCACCAUUAUAGACAUUUGGAGCAUAUUCAUACCCAUGAAGAGCUUUCUGUUUAGAUGGACUUUUUAAUAUAACCGUAAUUAAACUCACACCUAAAAAGGAUGAGGUGCUUUUCAAAGGCCAAAGGAAAAGCAGAGAAGAGCAAAGUAAAACAGAUGAAAUGAACGUAAGUAUAUAAAUAAGGAGUCCUUGAAACAAGAGUUCCCUUACUGUGCUUAGCAAAUGUCUCUCCAAAAAAUGUAUUUCUCUGGUUACCAGCUAAGAUUUAGAGUUUUAUAUUUCAUGAGAAUCCUUUUCUUAAUAUGUGAAGGAAAAAACUGCAACCUUUCAGGGUUCUACUCCUUCCUUUACCCUCCUCUUCUGUAUCCUCAAGUACCUAAAUCAGAAAGGAAAUCAUGAGGGAAAUCUGAAACAGCUGGCAUAAGCUAGUUGUAGUUUUUAAACAGAAAUGUUUUGGGGCAUCAGGUGUCCCCUAACAUCAUUAUUGUUCUAAGUCAUCGUUGGGCUGUGUUGAGUGUGUUCCAUAAUCUUCCCCAUUCCCCUCAUGAUCCUCUCUGUUUUAUCUUACUUUUGCCCUAUCUGUGUGGACUUUUUAUCUUACUUUUGCCCUAUCUGUAUGGACUUUUUAAGGUUUUGUUUGUUUUGUUUCUUAGUACAAGUAAUGUUCUGAUCCCAGGUUUGGUGAAUGUGUUAACACUGCUUUGUGAAUAAAUAAGUGAUCUGCUGAACAAUUGCAGUUGUAGAAUUACGUUGUAUGUAAUGUACAUAUGGAGAAAGAAUGUAUUUUGUUCAUUUUCUUAAUAAAAAGUUAUAUAUGGACACUACAA